CGCUGACUCUGCAAAAGUAAUGGACCAGAGCGCUUUCAGAUCGCUUCUCAACAAGCCGCGGCCGGCGGGCGAAAGCUCAUCCUCCAGGAGAGGCGUCUUAGGUGGCGCGCCUCCGAAGCGUGGAUGGGGGCUCAAGGCAAAGGAAGGCUAUGAAAAGAAAGACGAGCUUCCAAAAGAAAGCAAGCCUGCUUUCGUCCCGCGGCAACACCUCAAGAAAGAGCAGGAUAGCAGAUAUAAGGAUCGGGCAGCUUUGAGGCGGGAGGGAUUGAACGACGAUUUCAAAUCUGUUGAAAAGCUUCUCGAGGAUUUCGAAGCGCGGAAAGAACACGCCACAGCAGAGGAGCUGGCAGAGAUAGAGAAGCAAAGAGUGUAUCUGGGAGGAGACGCGGAGCACUCAGUGUUGGUCAAAGGUCUAGAUUAUGCGUUGCUAGCGGCAAGAAGGGCAGAGCUGGCCAGGGAGGAAGGUGAAGAGAUGGACGACGAGCUGGAGGCUUUCCAAGAGCAGAUGAAGGAUAAGAAACCAGCAAAGGCAAAAGCGGGCAAAGGCAAGGAAGAAGAAAAGCCGCAAGAAGAAGGGCUUGGCAAAGGAUUCAAAUCCAUCGCGCAAAAAAAGGCCGAAGCAGAGGCAGCUGCCGCAGCUCCUGGGGAUAAGAAGAAGAAAAAGAAGAAGAAGAAGGUCAAGACAGAACCUGUUUCUGCCUCUGUCCCCGACACGACAGCGACAUCCUCUUCCAUCCCCAGCAAAAAGGCGACUGUCGAGGAACCGAUCAAACUACCCCCCAAAGCUCCUACUCCCCCGCCGCCCGAAUCCGACGACGAUGACGAUAUCUUUGGCGAUGCUGGUGAAUACGACUUGGCAGCGGCAGCUGGGCCUGUCGGUUCAGACUCGGAUUCGGAGGACGAACAGAUGGACGCUGAAGAUGGGGAGAUCUCCAGAGGAAGAAGCCGGAGCAGGUCUUUUUCAAGAGACCGCUCAUAUUCCCGAGACAGGUCUCUAUCGAGAAACAGAGGUUAUGGAAGAGACCUGGGUCCGAGAUCUCCGGGGAGCAGACAUUCCAGGUCUCAUUCGAGAUCUCACGAGCGCAGCCGCUACCGGUCCCGGUCAAGCUCGCGAGACUACCAAAGGCGGUACCCUCGCUCCCCUUCAUACGACCGAUACGAUCGCCGGCGGUCGCCAUCGCCACCGAGGCGCCGAAACCGUUCUCCCUCCUACUCGCGCUCGCGUAGCCCGUAUGGAGGUGAUCACAAAAGACGCCGGAUGUCGUACAGCAGGUCGCCGCCGAGGAGGAGGUAUGACUCGAGGUCGAGGUCCCCGAGAAGACGCUACUCUCCAUCUCCUCGUCCUCGAGGCCGUUCGUACUCUUACUCCCGAUCACCUUCUCCACCCCCUCGCCGAGCACGCUCCCGUACUCGCUCGUUAUCACCCCUCCUCAACGCUCCCCUACUCGAUCGCUCCCGUUCCCCAACCCCUUCAAGCGACGAAGACGGUCCCUCUACACGUUUACAGCCCCUCGCUUCAUCAGCUAUCCCUUCACUCAAGAGUUUCCUCGCUGCAGACGAGGCUGAUGCAAAGGCAGCUGAGAAGAGAGCAAACAAAGCCAAGUGGAGAGCACACCAGGGAAUGUCGAUGCAGGAGGGUGCUGAGGAGGACACGGCGGCGGCAAAGCAAAAGACGAUGAAUGAGAAGCAGAAGAGCAACAGGGAGUAUCAGUUGUUGAUGAACAAGAUGAAGAAGGAUGAAGAGCGGGAGGGUAAGGAGGGCAAGAAGUAGAGUGUGGUACGGUA